GGAAAGCAUAUAUGUAUAAUGAAAGACUUGGUGUGAUGGAAAGCGCCACCCUUUCCACUUUUCUUGAUGUAUGAUGCCUGAUAAUAUCAUAGGAUUCCAUUACGAUGGGUCUUGAUAAACGUCAGUUGCACGGUAAUAUUAAUGUAGUUAAGGUUGGAAGGUUUAAGACAGCAGGUGCUAAAGCCCUUGGGGACCCAGUACGAUUUAGGGAGAAGGGUAUUAUCAUCUGUGGUCCAAUUUUAUAAUUGAUGAGCAUUUUCUUCAUAAACUCCAAUUAUUUUCUUAUUCUUCAUCAUAAAGCAAUUCUCAAUGCUACUGAAUCAUCGUCUGAUGGGCCACUGGAUUAUAUUAUUUAGUAUCACUUUAAUUGCCCUUAUUAAAAACACCAAUCUCCUAACGCUGAUAUUCACCUACAUGAAUAGAAACAGUUGGCAACCAUGCGUGUAGUUUCAUAUUAACAGUGGGGUUACGUCACGAAAAACACCUAAUCUUGCACAUGUAUGCGAAAUAAGCUGGGGACAUAUUACAUUUUACGAUCUAUAGAUAAGUAGAAAUUUCAUUAUCAAUAGUAAGUUAAAAAUUUCAAGAAUACAGACCUAUAAUAAAAUGAUGGAUACAAAUACAGAAAAAUGUAGAAAUGUCUUCACCUUUAAGUCACCUGAAAAAUCCCACCAUUUAGUCAGUCAGGUAGAGGCAAAUAUAUUCGUAGAAAUGGCAAAUUUCAUGGAAACUAAUUAUGGUGAUGUAUAGUCGUGAUAAAAUACAAUAUCACUGGCAUGAUUGCUACGUUUCAACGUGAAAUUCGAUUCAUAUAUUUUUCUGUCAUGUAGUUCUUUGCAAGAUUAUGUAGGAUAAAUCCGUUUCAUAUUGAGUGGUAAAUCGAAUCGAUCGAUUAGAGACGGAUACAUAAAAAUGUCGAGUGAAAAACUAUAGAGUAAAAAAAAGGGCAAUAUGGAUCAUCAGUGAAUUCAUCUCUCCAUAGUGAAGAUAAAAAUGAUGGAUGAUUGUUGGCUGGGAAUCCCAGGGAACGACAGCGACAGGCCGAAUAGAUGAUUGUGGCAGACAAUAUGGCACCAGGCUUCGUCACGCCAGCGUGACGUUUCCCGCGUGCGUCAUUAGCGGAAGUAAGGCUACAAGAUGGCGGCUCUUUCAUUCGACAAGGCAACAGGGGAGCUGUGCGCAAUGGAGAGGGGCUUGAUGUCAUGCAUACUCGUUGUGUAUAUUGUAUACAUAUAGGUACAAAACCAAUAAACGUGAAAUUUGAAAGAUACGAAAGGAGACUUGCACAAGUUUACUGAGUGGAAGAAAAGCAGAGGAACAACUACUACGGAUAAUUCAUGUACGUAUGUAUGCGCGGUGAUAUUCGAAAUCUGUGCGCUGAUACUGCCUGCCAUAAUAUGCAUCUAAGGGGAGAAAAAAUUCUCAACAACAUUUACUCACACUAAUGUCAGUAACAUGGUUUCGGCGAGUGUUGAAACGUCAGGGGAGUAGACUCAGUGGCGGAUAGAGCACAGUGGAGGGAGUUUCGAGACGAAUGGGAAAAGAGGAGAGGCAACGUCGCCGUUUAUACCAGAUAGGAGGCGCGGGGAGAGGAGUGUAAGCCAGAGACCGCCGUUUUAGUGGGAAGCAGUGUGUAACACUCUUGGGUAUAGUGGUGGGAAUGAGUGGGGAUGAAAAUUAGUUACGGCAUCUACCCAGACCUAAAAGGAACUCUGUACGCCGUGUGGCCAGGCUACUCCGUGCAAUGUUACGCGUUAAGGUAUCCUCGUGCGUCGUGCUCGUUGCCAUUGUCGUUGAUGACAAUAUUCAAAGUUCUUUUUCAUACGUCACGUGACCACAGAGCCACUGUACAUUACAUUAUUCCAUAUGUAUUACAAAUUGUUGUUUCAUUUGGCCAACGGUUAUUGCCAAAGAGAAAUAGAAAAGUUGUGCUAGAAUAGACACUGUGAAAAAUUUGUGAAAUUAUUUCUUCAUUCAACAGUAACAUUUUGCGUUGAUCAAGUCAUGGCACACGGUGUUAGUGAGGUAGUGAGUGAGAGUAAUAGUUCAAUAAAGAGAGUGAAUAACACAACGAUGCGAAAUCACAAUAAUCCACCGAGAAAGAUCGUUGGUGUGAUGGGUAGUAGACGUAUAUUUGCAGCGGCUUUCAAGCUCAAAGUUUUGGACUCCUAUCGUAGUGACAUUGAAUGCCGUGGUAAUCAACGUGCAACAGCACGCAAAUACGGAAUACACCGGAGACAAAUACAGAAAUGGUUGCAGUGUGAAAAAAAUUUGAGGAGCAAUUGUACUGACAAUGCUAAUGGAAAUGGAGUGAUUGUUAGUAAAAAUUUUCAAUCCACUUCGACUGUCGACACCAGCGGUAUAAAUAUAAUUAAAACAUCAGUAUCGAAAAGUGAUGAAGCAAUGGUGAUGACAACAUCGUCAGGAACAACUUCGGCGGCGGUGGCCCCGGUGAUGGAGGCAUCGGGAGCGGCCUUGAACCUCAGUCUCGCCAGACUGCACGGCGAUGAGUUGACUGCUCGGCAAGGGCCUCCAGCUCAUUCUUCAUCGCAUCAUGGCUCGAGCACCAUAUCGAUGCAAUAUACAGCACAUACACAGCAAACCCUGCCAAACGCCCUGCCCAUGAAUACUUUAAUGAUGCAAACUUACACUGACUAUCCUAGUGAUGAUGUGCACAUAUUAUCGCGAAAUCAUCGCUCAGAGGACAAUCCUAUUCACAGCUAUAAAAUUGCUUCUCCCGAUUCUCCAACAGAGCGUAAAUACAAUAUCGUAAAUCAUCCAGGACAUGAGCAAUCGAUAUCUGAUUAUCAUGGCGGAAGUGAUGCAUCGUUGUAUCUCCAACAAGAGCAGCCAUCCUAUCUCACCAGCCUCAGUUCAUGCACAUACUACUGCACUGUCAACAGAGAUCAGCGAAUUCUCAAGAGUAAUGGCUAUCAGUUUUGCAGACAUACAUCACCACCACCACUGGCCACCUCUCUAUCCCUCUCACCGCAGCUGUCUCUCUCUCAUUACAAAGAUGUGGACUCGCCCGAAAACGAGUCUCUUGCAUCGGCAAUAAAGAUGGAACGCGCUAGUCCAGACUCUCUGGCGACGCCAGUAUUGUGUGACGAAGUAUCCAGCUCUCCUGGUACUGGUUGUUCUUCUACUACUACUACUACUACUACUACUACUACUACUACUAUUACUACUACUACUAUUACCACUACUACUACUACUUCUGCGACCAUCAGUAAGCAUAUGUACCCACCAACUAGUAAAAUUGUCACACACACCAUUACACCCAGAGACAUUCAUUUUCAGGCCCUACGGCAAAAUAAUAGUCUAGAAACACAUGAACAUCUGUCCAUAGAUUUUAAAGAAAAAAAGGAAUAUCAGAGUAAAUUAAUAUUUAUGGAAAGAGGAGAUGUACCUGACAAUCUGUCAAUUAUGUGCGUGUCAUCGAACGAGAAUGAGGGAGAACAAAAAGAGAAUCGUACAGCCAGUGACUAUAGAGAGAAACUCAGCAGCAAUACUACAGUUUCUGAGAUAAAAUACGAUAGAUUAUUGGUGCCGUUGUCGCAUAGUAAUGAAGAGACACGUUCUGGUACUUCGAGUCCUGCCAGGAACUCGAAUUACACAGAUCCUCUAAGCCCAAAGGGCACAGCUAACAUUUGUUGCCGAUCUUUCAGCAGUUGUUCAGAUGGUGAAAUAGAUCCAACUGAUUAUUCCCCAAGCAAUCAAAAUCGUAAUGGGGAUUCGUCUCGGCGACGGUCGUUCUCCCUUCGCUUUAAACUCGAUGUUCUCGAUGCUUUUCAUGGUGACGCAGUGGUUGCUAGAAAUCAACGAGCGACUGCUAGAAAAUUUGGUAUAAAUAGAAGACAGGUUCAAAAAUGGUUGGGACAGGAGAUAGAAUUGAGAGGUGAGAUUGCUCUGCGUGGAGGAGAUUUGCGACAACGUCUGGGCCCACUUCAGGAACUCUGCGAAUCUGCAGUUGAUCUUAGAACUGGUUUACACAGUCGUAAUGACAUUGAAAUGAACUCUUCAUCGCCUGUCUAUUGCUGCGAUAUGCCAUCACAAAAAUUCAACUAUUCUCCAUCGAUUGGAGUAGACUGUGAGGUGCCGCAGAGUACUUGCACAGCUCCGUGUUGUACAAAAAAUGUCACAUCUUCGUUAACAUCAUGCUACAGUGAAUCAAAACGCUCCUGUUAUCCAGGAUAUCAGACAAGUUAUUACUGCUACUCUCCCAGGGGUGCUAUUGAAACUAGUAUUUCAAAUGGCUUGGCAAUUAAUUCAUCGCCAUCAAAACGAACUGUUUGCACUUUAAGUUUUUGCUACGAUGCCCCAUCCUCUCAAAGUUCCUGCGCUGCGUCAACGGAUAUAGAGUGGGACAAAGAGGCAUGUCAAGACCAACCGCUGCAGGAGGCGCCACUCUGUCUAGUGAAGGAAAAAUACCUUAACACGCCAUCUCCCCUACAGACUGAACGUGUUACGAGCACUGUACGUACACCGCCAGCACCUGCUCUUUUUACGCCAUCAUCUAAGAAAGAUGAAAUUUUAUUUAAACCAUAUCUUGAUAAUCCUGUUAGAAAACCAACAGAUGACAGAUCGCACUAUCAACAUUAUGAUCUAUCCCCUCUUAAUAAUAGCCAGAAUCAGAAUCUAACCGUCAACAACAAUAAUUGCACCGGCAGUUGCAAUUUCAACGACGAGUCCAGUGGUCACGACUAUGCUGUUGAGCUCAGUCUGCGUGUACCUGUCUCUUGGCGUGCGCCGUCACAUAUCACCGAGUUUCCUGAACCUAUUCCUAGCGCUUUUGCAAGGUAUUCUGCAACUCCACACUUCAUCUAAAUUUCGUACAUGGUUUUUACUGUGUAAUUUUUAUGUCAUCCACUAGAUGAAUCAACAAAUAUCCUCUCGAACAAUACAAAAACCUGGAAUAAUCAUUUUAAUAGAACACACCAAGAUUAUUUUCUUACAAACUCAUUCACUAAAUGAUGAUAACAUGUUUGUCGUUCUCCCGCGCAGUAAUAUUAUUUUCCCCUUAAAUAAACAAAAUCUUCCAUUUGUUUCUGAUAUUUUUUCUUCAUUAUUGCAUUGGCAUGACGUGACUUUUCUUUGGUUUCUGUGCUUUAACAGAAAUGGCUCAAUUUGAAACUAUUUUUCUAUUUGAAUUUUCAUUGUUCAUUAAAACGAUACCAAUCAGGACACAAAUUAUUUAUCGUCCUACAAACGUUGUGAAUGUGCAAAAUCCACAUAUAUAGUCAUAUCCUAUUUAACAAUAAUAACAUUCAAAGGUGUUGCAAUGUGUGUGCGUUGAAAUUUUUCCAAUUAUACUUAAAGAUAAAAGCAACAGCGGGGGACAAUUAGACUGUUUUUAUGAAAAGUUUAAUGAAUUCUCCACUUUUUUUUUCGUGGCAAUUUCCAUUUAUGUUUACCAAAUUAUUUAAUAUUAAUAUGAAAAUCUUGUAAUUAUAUCAACACUGAAAAAGUUUCCAUUUUUUUUUUAAUUCAACGAAAUUGCUGUCCACUGUCUCACAUGCGAAGCUUAAUCAACAAUUUGGGGCAUUUUGCUUCCAAUUGAAAAUCUAAAACAUUCUAUUGAAUUAAAUGUAGAAAAAUCGAUUGUCAUGCAUAUGACAAGUUGUUAAAAUUUUCAAGAUUUUAUACUUGGAAUUUCAGGGCUAAUUUUGUGGGUCUCGUAAAACCGAUUGCGUUCCGCCGGUCGGUACGUCUUAGUGGAAAUCGUUUUUAAUAUGGAAGUAGAAAUUUUACUUGCUCAAAGAAGAUUGCUUCCAGUGAUAAAGAAAACAUACACUACAAGUUUUUCUUUCUAUGACAUAAGACAAAAUUUCAUAAAGUAAUGAAACUAAUGUCAGGUAACAUGAAGUUGAUCAUUAGUUUCCCUUGCAUUGACUUUCGCAAUAAACCAUAUAAAUAUUUUAAUGUAAAUAUGCAGAUAGUAGAGAUAUAUUUCCGUAAGUUGGAAAAAUAACGAUAUAAAAAAGAAACCAGAAAAAUUGAUCCAUACAUAUAGUUAAAUUUUUCUGUUUUUUUUUUUCCAAAGGCAUAAAUAUAUGUCAAUUUCAAUGAUUCCUAUACCUCUAAAAUAUCACAGAAUUCAAGCUUCUGUAAUGAAAUGGAAUGGAUAUACUUGAAAUUGAUGAAAUUUGAUACUUGUGAUGAUUAUUGGAGCUAUGAAAAACUAAAACAAAAAGAAAAAAAACUAGGUUUGAAAGCCUGAAGAAAACGUAUGUGCCUUUUAUGUAAAAGCACUCGCUUUUGAGUGUUAAUGAUCCUACUGAAUUGUUGAGAUAAGAUAUAUAAGAUUAUUAAUAUUCUAGUUAACAUGUACAACGUGCAACUAAGAUGAUGAAAAAAUUAUUAUGGAAUAUGGUAUUUACAGUAAGGGAACAAACACUACGGUUAAAAAUGAUUGAAACAGUCAAGACAAAUCACACCACAAAUUAAUUCCAUUUUAUUAAAAACAACGAGGAUUAUUAUUUGAAGCCAUAUUGAAUUACAGAAAUGCCAUAAUAUAGUAAAAAAAAAAAAUAAAAGCAAUAAAAUAAAUCUUGUACAUAACAAAAAAAUAAUACUGAGACCAUAAUAAAACGUCAACAGAGCAUUAAUUAUGAAUAGAAAAAUGACCGGUGUUUCGUUACAUGUCCACGACCUAUAAGUCCAUCAAGCACCACGGUGACAGGAAAUAGUGGAUAUAGACACCAUAUUUUUUCCAGAGAUAUAAAGGAUAGACGUGGUCAAGCUCGUGAAUUGUCUCUACGACUGGAUCUACAUAUAUGUCAAUUCUUUAUUUAUUUACAUCAAGAUGAAGCAGUCAAGAAUAGAAUUGAAAGAAAAUUAUUCAUCUAAAGAAUGUUGAAUAAAAACAUGUAUGUGGACAUUUUCAUAACGUGUAUAUUGAAAAAAUAGGCAUAGAAACCAUUAUUCUAGUAAAUUAAUUUUUAAAUUACUUAUCAAUGGAAAUGACAAAUAAAUUUGUUAUCAAGAAUUAUUCUUGAAUGUCGUAUAUCGGUGCCUUUGAAACGGUGUAAAAGAAAAUGAUAUGAGAACAUCGGGAGUGGGGGUUAUAUAUGUGAGAGUUAGUCUUCGGUUGAAUCAGGGACCUGCAGGUAUUUUAAAAAAUAUAAUAAAUGAUAAAUUUUGGUUGGUUGUCUUUAUAUAAAAAACGAUUUCCCAUGUAUCUACCUUUACUAUAAAUAGAAACGUUUUUGUUUUUUUCAACGUUCAUUCGAUUUUAAUAAGUCUUUCAUUCUACCGAAGAUAUGAAAACUUCGCUGAUCUCCUCCCCUCAAUCAAAUCUGAUGGACUUUUGGAUUUUUCCUUUUCCAAAUCUGCUCAAAUUGUGAUAAUCAAGCAUUAUGAAAACGCGUGACAUAUUUACUCAAAGCCCUCAAAAUGACUAUCAACUCAUAUCAAUAGGAAAUAUACGCGUUUACAAUAAAAAGUUCAAUAACUGACCGUUUUUAAUUAACAUUAAUUAAAUGUGAUUCAUUAGGAAGGCAAUUUUUAUAUGAAAAAUAAAACUGUUCGUAUGUCAAUGAUUUGAAAUAUAAAAUUCUCUAAAUGCCAGAUAGGCAUAAAUUUUAUUACAAAGAAUAAAAUAAUAUUGUACUACAGAGCUAUAAUUUUGAGAUUGGAGAAAAAUAUAUAAAAAACUAUUUUAAACAGAAA